AUGGCACCGGCGGCGACGCACCGGCCCAAGACUGGUCGCCCUCCGCACGCCAAGCGCAACGGGUCCCAUCACCACGUCUACUGCCGCUACUGCUCGGACGCCCAGGCGCAGGCUCUCGCAGCACCGGCCAACCCUGCGGCGGGUCCGUUGAGCAUCGAGGCCAUUCGAGGUGUGCCCACCAAGAUGCUACGCCACCUCAGCAUCUGCAUCUACUGCCCCGCCUCGACGCGAAUGCACAUUCGCUCGAUGGCCGACGAGCACGCGGCAGGUCCCAGCCGCAAACGCCGGCGCACGCCCGAGCCCGAGGCCAUGGUGCCACCGCAGCCGCUACUCGACCUCUUGCUCAGCGACGGCCCUGUGCGGCCCAGCGCACCGCCUGUCGCGAGCGAAAAGCGAUCCGCGGCCAUCGCGCUCCCUCCGGACGAUGCACUGGCACAGGUCGCGCUCGGUGGGCACGUGUCGUGGGCGUGGGCAUGGAACCCCGACGUAUCAAAGCUGCUGACAGUCAAUGUGCCCUCCCCGGACGUGUUCUACGAACGUUGCUUGCGCCACAGAGCUGGUGAUCCGCCGAGCAUGCCUUUCGCGUCGCUCUCGGUCGCGUCCUGGACGUCGCUUUGCUCGCGCGAGUUUACCAUUGCGUGCACGCUUCAGUACCUCCACAGCUGCACGACGAUAUCCAUUGCAUCGAUCGCACCGACGCUCGAGGCGUGCCUUGCGCACCUGACGAGCGUCGUGGCCUCCAGUCCGCCGCUCGUGGCCAUCCUCGUCGACUCGGCAUUGCUGCUCGAAGCGGCCAUGGCUGCGUUGCCGCAGUGCACGGUCGACCUCUUCGAGCACUGGCUUCACGUGGGCGCGGCGGUGCGCCACUACGCCCUGCAGUGGCACCUCGACGCCAAUGCUGUCGUCGCCCAUGUGCUCGAGCUUCGGCGCGGCCAGUUUCCGUUUGAUAGCGCGACAAAAGCGCUGUACGCCGAGGAUGUAUGUUCCUACUACGCCUUUCUCUCCGAGUCGCACCCCGAGCUCCACGCGUUCUGCAUCCGGCUGUUUAGCAUCGCGCCGGCGUGCGUGCGCUACGAGACGGUGCUGCCCGGGCUUUUUGACGCCGGCAUUAGUCCGUUCCUCGCCCGCAUUGACAUUCCCGCGCAAGCGCAGUGCGCCAUCGUCAAGUACAGCGAGCACUCGACCAAGCGCCCGAGUGCGCACGUGCCACAAGUGCUCUCGGUGGAUGAUUGGCUGCAGCUACGACCAGAGAUCCAAGCCUUUGUUCAAUCCGAAGUCGACGCGUUUGCGACGCUACCAAUAACCAGCACCAGCGUCGACUUGACAGUCUUCUCCAGCUGCGACGAGGCGUGA